AUGGCGCGGUGGUUGUCAUUCUUUGCAGAAUACAACUUUACGGUCGAGUACAAACCAGGACGACUUAAUGUCGUCGCUGAUGCACUCUCACGUCGUCCCGACUUUGAAACAGUCGCGAAACCCAACAGUGAGACAGUCACUGUUGCGGUUAUGACGUCCUCAGUUCCAUCUACAACGUUGUAUGAUGAUGUGAGGCGGGCAUACGCCCAAGAUGCCGUUUCUGGUGACACACCGCGUGUUGUCAUUCCAGAUGAUACUGAUCUGCGUUUGCGGAUCAUGUUCGAGUAUCACGAUGCUCCUAUAGGAGGACAUCGUGGCCGAGAGAAAACAUAUCUCACGGUGAGUCGAGACUUUUACUGGCCCCGCCAGUAUCAGUUUGUGCGAAAGUAUGUUCGCGCAUGCGAAGUCUGCCAACGAGUGAAGUCAAGUCCUUCACUGCGUGCACCUUUACAGCCUCUACCGGUUCCGGCUGAGUGCUGGGAAUCCAUCUCAAUGGAUUUCGUCUUCGGGUUACCCAAAGACGCACGCGGGAAUACGGGUAUUCUCGUAUUUGUUGACAGAUUCAGCAAAAUGGUACACCUUGUGGCUGUACCAGAGUCAAUCACGGCAAGUGGCUGUGCUUGUGUCUUUAUUGACACCAUCUUCCGACUUCAUGGGUUGCCCCGUGAACUCGUAUCAGACAGAGAUCCACGAUUCACUGCUGAUUUCUGGCGUUCCGUGUUCAAAUCACUCGGAACGCGCUUGAAGAUGUCAACAUCUGAUCAUCCAGAGUCAGAUGGUCAGACGGAACGUGCCAAUCGUGUCCUUGAAGAGAUACUUCGAGGAUACGUACACUCCUUUAAGAGUUGGAGUGAGUUUUUGCCGAUGGUAGAGUUUGCCAUCAACAACUCGGUGCAUGCGUCCACGACACAUACACCGUUUUACGUGAAUGGCUUGCGCCAUCCGCGUGUACCCACCUUACUAGAGUGUAACUCUGGUUUAAGGGGGGGAGGGACUCGCGCGAGCAAAAACCGAUUUGGUUCACGCUCAUCACGCUCUGACGAAGAAGUCAUUGCGUUUGAUGCCGAUAUCGAUAACAUCGAUAUCGAAGAAGAUGAUGCCAGUGAGAGUGCGGAAGCCCUCACUGAAGACAAUGAUCCCAGUGAGAGUGCGGAAGCCCUCACUGAAGAAAAGGUUGUUGUCGCUGCAGUGCGCUCACAGCACACUGAAGCUAACGAGUCAUCAGAUGAGUUCAUACUGGCUCGUGAAACGGUAGUCCGUUUUGUGCAAGACUCCAUCGCCGAAGCGGUGACUUAG